AUUUGCUGCGAGAAAACACACGUUCUUCACUUCCCUCAACAUUACAAAGGAUCCCUAAACCCUAACCGCCUAACGUUUCUCCCCCCCAAAACCCCUCUCUUUCAAUGGCCUAAUUAAAACCCUCUUCCGAAACAGAUUUUCUUCAUCAAGAUUCAGAUAUGGAUCCAUCGCUCAUCCAAGAAGCCCAAACCCAAAAAUCAUCAGCAAAAGCUGAAGCAUUAAGACACUUGUCUUCUACCACAAAAAUCCCUUCCUUCUCUUCUUCAAUAUCAAAGCUAUCCGGGUCUGUAAGAGGCAUUCCAUGCAAUAAAGAUUUUCAUUUCUACUUCAACUUUGAAGAAUUCAAGAUCCCAAUUCAAGGAAUCGCUAAAAACUCCCAUUCUAUUCUUGAAACAAUUGGGUCAUCAGCCGAGCAAUUAUGGGGCAAAAAGCAGACGGGCUUUCCUAAUGGUGAUCUUGAUGAUGAUGAUGAGGCUUAUGAUUGGUUAGUUAAUUUUAACGACGAGCUGUUUGAAAGGUUUGAUGCUUCUGUUGAUGAGUUCAAGAAGAUCAGAAAUAAAGAAGAGGAAACAGGUGUUAGGGUUUUGAAUGCAAUGGAUGAGGAUGGGUUUCAGUUGGUUCAGGGCAGGAAAAAGAAAGUGUUUGAUAAAGAUUUACUAGCUAACAAUAGCAUUACAAGUAGUAGUGGUGAUAAUAAUCUGGGUAAUUCAUCGUCUGUGAAGGUUGUUUCCAGGGAUAGUAAUGCGAUGGGGACACCAAAGGCGAAAGUUUCGUUUCAUAUAGCAUCAAUUAGGAGGCCACAGGAUGAGUACAAGAUACUGGUCAACAAUUCUAACCAGCCAUUUGAACAUGUUUGGUUGGAGAGAAGUGAAGAUGGGUCCAAGUUUAUACACCCAUUGGAGAAACUUUCGAUCAUGGAUUUCAUUGAUAAGACGGUAAGCGAUGUAGAGCUUGUAAAACCACCUCCGGUGGAAAGUACAUCGUUCAAGCACGUACAAGAAGUAAAAGAUUUGAAGGAGCUAGCUGCUAAAUUGCGUGAUGCCAAUGAAUUUGCGGUUGAUUUGGAACACAAUCAAUAUCGAUCUUUUCAAGGUUUGACUUGCUUGAUGCAAAUAUCUACAAGAACGGAAGAUUUUAUCGUGGAUACAUUGAAACUACGAAUCCACAUUGGUCCUUAUCUGCGAGAGGUUUUUAAAGAUCCUACCAAAAGAAAGGUUAUGCAUGGAGCCGAUCGCGAUAUUAUAUGGCUGCAGCGGGACUUUGGCAUAUAUGUUUGCAAUAUGUUUGAUACUGGACAGGCCUCGAAGGUGUUAAAAUUGGAGAGGAAUUCUCUAGAGUAUCUGUUGCGAUACUAUUGUGAGGUUGCCGCAAAUAAAGAAUACCAAAAUGCGGAUUGGCGAUUGCGUCCACUGACUGAUGAAAUGCUGAGAUAUGCUAGAGAAGACACACAUUAUCUUCUGUAUAUAUAUGAUGUUAUGAGAAGAAAGUUGCUUUUUUCAUCAACAGAUCCGGACUGUCCUGAAGCACCUCUUGUAGAGGUAUACCAACGCAGUUAUGAUCUAUGCAUGCAGCUCUAUCAGAAAGAGAUGCUGACAGAGAACUCGUAUCAAAGCAUUUAUGGGUUGCCUGCUGCUGAUCUCAACAGUCAACAAGUUGCUAUUGUUGCAGGACUUUAUGAGUGGAGAGACGUUAUUGCUCGUUCAGAAGAUGAAAGUACCGGUUAUAUAUUGCCUAACAAAGUUCUUAUUGAAGUUGCAAAGCAAAUGCCGGUGACACCUGGGAAAUUGCGUCACGUAAUGAAGUCCAGACACCCGUAUAUUGAGCGCAACCUUGGUUCUGUUGUUAGCGUAAUCAGGCAUUCUAUGCAGAAUGCAGAUGAAUUUGAAGAGGCUGCCAAGAAACUGAAGGAAGAUCACAUUAGAAUGGUGGCUGCACGAAAUGCUAAAAUUGCUAAUGCUGAAGAAACAGCAGAAGUUGCAGGAAGCGAAAGUAUUAGUAAUGCUACUGAAGGCGACUCUUUUGAAAAAGAAGUCGGAAAUUUUAUUGCUGGAGUAAACCAAAACAAUAAAUUGGACGGCUCUUCUUCUUCCAGAGUAAGUAUCGAGGUUCAGAAGAAGCCAAGUCGUGCCUUUGGAGCGAUGUUCGGAAACACAGCAGGAAAGAGGAAGUUCAAUGUUGAAUCAAAGGCAACGGAGGAGAUUAAGGUCGAACAGAUCAAAUCUUCUGUGUACCUCCCAUUUCAUUCUUUUGCCAAUAAACCUGAGCCUUCGGUGAAGGAAUCCGCUAAAUCUCAAGAAAUUUCAAAUGUUGAAGAACCCCCUAAAGUUUUGCCAGCUACACCAAGCUCUAAACCGGAAAACGACAUCAUUUUGCUGGAAUCUGAUUCUGAUGCCGAGGACGAGAAUCCGGCGAGUGCUGCAGACUCAAUGGCUGCUGAUGAUCAGAGCGCCGAGACCAAGAAGGAAGAUGAAGACAAUGUGAUAUUGUUGGAUUCCGAUUCUUGUUCUGAUGAACCGAAUCAGGGGGAAGAAAAAGAUGCAGGUGAGGAGACCAUGUCACUGUCGGAUCUAUCAUCGAGCUUCCAGAAGUGCGUAAAGACUGCUGAUGAGAAAAGAAAGUCGCACCAGGAGGAUGAAAGUUCGGCGGGGCUGGUUAAGGUGACACCGUUUGAUUAUGCAGCGGCUAGGAAAGAAGUGAGGUUCGGGGAAGAUGGUUYAGAUGGGUCCGAAGRGGRAGAUGGUAAACAAGGUAAGCRUGAAAGGAAGAAGGCGRGUGGUGGUGCUCGRAAAAAYGYYRCUGCUGGUGAAAGAAGCRGAGAUUUCYAGCURGGUAGGCRGCKYCAGGCUUUUCCRGCAACYRGUAACYGGAGUUYAAYUUUCCGGUGAAUGUUGYSUGGGGAGACAUCAUGUUGUUUGAUUCUAUGUAGGAACUUUUAUGAACUUUCACCAAAGAAACUUGAUUGACAAAAUGAACAUCCAAAGUUAUUUGAAUCGGGUUUCUUUGGAGUUGAUUUCGAUGGGAUUUUGCCU